AUGCCAAAGAAAACUGUCACAUUCAGAGAGGAUCUUAUCAUCAGGGUCGUCAAAAAGCACUCUUUGAUCAUUGAGUUCCUCGUCAAGGAAAAGACUAAAAUGGAAAAGGUCAAGAACAUGUUUGCUGAGGAACUUGGCGUCGACAAAAGUAACAUAAACGGAAACGAGGAUGAGAGCAAUAAAGAAAACAUUGAUCCGAACUUCCUAGUUUUUGGAAACUUCCUAGUUUUCGAUGAAGACAAUGAAGACGAUGAAAACGAGGAAGGCGAAUAUUUUGUACAGGAUGGGGAAUAUGAUAAUGCAGACGAACUGGUCCAAGAAAUGUACGACCUUCAGAUUUAUGGUGAUUCAUCAUCUGAUGAAUCGAAUAGUGAUGAUGAGUCAAACGAUGAGGAGAUCAUAGAAGCUGAGAAUCGCGAGAUUCGCCAGGAAAUUGAAGAACAAUUAGAUUUCUUCACAAACUUCAUGGCGAACAGAAAUGGUCAGAAUGUAGAGCCACAAGAAGAACUCAAUCGUAACGAAAUGCCUAUGAAUGAAAAUGCAAGAUAUGGAGAAAACGGUGAAGGUGAAGUUGGUGUGGAAAACGAUGAGGAUGACGAGUGGUCGCAAGCACAAUUUGCUCAGAAUAACAGCUUAUUGAAUCUCGAGCCCAGUGAACAUCAAGAACGCAAUGAGACAGCGGAGAUCGGAAAUGAUGGUAUGAAUGACUGGCCGCUUGAAAUUCUUGCACGAACGUUCCGAGUUGAACUAAACGUCCUAGAAAUGGCCAUUGAACUGGAAGCGGUCGUCGAACAAUUUGAAGCUAAUGAAUUCGAAAACGAGGAGUUCUGA